AUGUACGAUCUAGGUACGAUCACUUCCUCGCAGCCUGAAGAAGGGACCAGUAGUUGCAACACUGGCAACACCAGGCAACAGUUCCCAUCGAAUGCGCACGAUAUAUUCGGCACGACUACGACCCUAAACGGUUUGGCCAGCAACGACAAUGCAGGGCCGUUUCAAGAGACGCAACGCCCAUCGGAUGCCGGACCCACCCCAAGUAUAGGUGCGAUUGUGGUAAGGACAGAGGAGGAAGAGAACCUUGGAGAGCAGCAGCAGCAGAAGCAGCAACAAAAACAACAACAACAAGUGGUGUGUGAUAGUGCUGGAUAUCCACAGAAACGCAGUUCCGGCGUGACAAAUAGUACGCCAGACGCCCGCAGCCUGAUGCCUUUCUUGGCGCAUUCUGUGAAGCCGGAGACAUCUCCAAUCGCCGUGAAUCUGGGGGCACUAACUGGCACCGUUAUGCAUGAUAUCAUACAAGCACCCCUGAACUUUCAGGGACCGCCGAAGCUUAUGGUGCACCCCCGUCCUAACUUGCGGCAAUCCAGUAUGUCCGCUAGCCUGCGGCAGGGGUCGGUGCCCACCUCCGCGGUUUUCUCCAUGUCCCCUAGCGGAUGUACGCCGCUUUCCGCCUCGUUGCAGACUGAAGGCUCGUUUGGCAGCAAGCCACGCAGCCCAACAUUGAAGGUAACGCCAUGGAACGGCAAGAUAACGAGGAGCCCUGGCAAGGCGAAAAACUGGACGAAACGCGCACCCAUGGUCCCGUCGCCGCAGGAGAGGCAGGUGAGUCGCAGCGAUUGCGACGGCACGCCACGCGCUUCCUUCCUGCUGCCCACGAAGAUACCGCCGCUUUCAACGGUGGGAGCCACUGGCGGCUUUCCUUGUCAAUUGGAAACUCCUCUGCAGGCGCCCGAGCUGCUGCGGCAGCAACCGCCGCGCUUAUCUUACUCAACGACCACGACACCGACGAAUAAGGGCGGUGCUAGAAAUGAACAUCGCACCGGCGCCAAAAACAACGCCGGUGGCGGUACUAACACUCGUGUUGUAAAUAAUUGCGCAACAUCAAGAAAGCGUUCGUCGCUUCCAACCAUUUCUAUUGCGAGUGGCGUUUCCCCAAAAAUGCAACCGACGCGAGGGGAGCGGGGAGUCGAGCGUGGCAAUACUCUAGAAGUGUCCCCGUCAAGCAGUCAGGGCACCGGCGCGCGGUCCGGGUUGGACGCUAGUGGCUCGCUGCCGCACGCCUCCCCGCGUGCGGGAGAUAGGGCGUCUGGUAUCGGCGGCGCUGGCCGUGUCCCGUGUCAGGUGUGGUUGCCGCAGGAAAGUAAGACCCAUAGUGUGCAAGAGCUGCUAGUGCACGAGAUUGUUAGUCGGCUUCGACCGCUAUGA